UUACAAAUUUUAAAAAAUAUCAUGAAAAUGAUAAUAAUAUAAUUUAUAAACCUACGUAUAAUACUGAAGAGAAUACAGUUGAUAUUUCAUUUAUGGAUGAGUUAUCACCAGGAAAUUACACUUUAAAUAUAAAAUAUUUUGGCAUUGCUGAUAAAGGCUUCAGAAUUUUCGACAUGAAAAAAAAAGCUACUUGGGUAGGUGCUCCACAUUUUCAGAUAGUAGACGCCCGACAAGUGUUUCCAUGUUGGCAUCCACAUGAUUUACGGUUAGAAGCAACCUUUAACAUUUCUUUAGCAUGUCAUUACUGCACGACUUUGUCAAAUAUGCCAUUGCGAAAUACGGAAAGAGAUGAGUACAAUUUAGUAUGGAGACACUACGAUACCAUACCUGUAAUAUUGACUCAUCACGCAACGAUGGUUAUAUCUAACUACCUAUUCCUUCUUGAUAUAAAAACACAAAACAUUCAAAUGUGGUGCAGAUUUGAAUCUCUAUUUCACUUGGAAUUUGCUAAAAAUGUAGCUGAAGAUAUCACGUUGUCUUUUAAAAGUAAAUGGAAACGUUCGGACAAAAUUUCGAACGUGACUCAUGUUGCAAUUCCAAAUUUCCAUGACGAUGACACAAUAGUUUUUGGACUUGUGUUUUAUAAGGAAACAGAUAUCAUCUACGAUAAAAAUGUACAUCCUAUUGCUCACAAAAUCGAAGUAGCUCAAUUAAUAGGACGUAAAGUGACACAGCAAUUGUUCAAUAACAUGAUGAACAAUCCGUUCGUUUGGGAUUUUUCGUUUAAAAAAGGUCUUACUAUAUUGCUUGCCACGUAUGCUGUAAAUAAGAAAUAUCCAGAUUAUCGAAUAAUAAAUUUAUUUGUUGUUCAAAGUCAACAUUACUCUUUCAAUUUGGAUAGUGAUUAUCAUAUGUGGAAUCUUACUUUAAAAGUUAACAGUUCAUUGGAAAUCCCCAAUUAUAUCAGAUGUACGUAGUAUAAUUAAAUA